UACAUCCUGUGGCAGUGAUGCUGUAGCUCACACGGGGUUCUUCGCUCAGCCUUUCAGAACCAAGCAGUUCUGACUGACCCGCUUUCAGCACCGUACCCCGCAGACAGCUCCACGUCCGCAGACAAGCCGAGAUUUGGCAUUUUUUUCCCCACAGAGGGCUUCACUCAGAGCGGCUAGCAUCUCGCAGCCUUCGAGGUCGUUGAAAGGACCAGCAGCAGGAUUGAGCACUUUGGUCAAGUAGAUCUCAUCAUCUUGGACUCAGCCUUAUUUGAAUUAGUAGUUGAGGAUGGCGUCAAAACACAUUGGCCUUUGCAUAUUUUUCCAGCUUCUUGUAUUUACUGUAGUGAGUCAAAUAUCUGCCUUUCCAACACCAACACCGACCAGCCAGGAUAAAUCUGUGUACAACCGACAGCUGACGGAAGAAAGACCGCUCCAAGAGCAGAUUGCUGAGGCAGACAGCGUGAAGACUGCAGUACAGUUGGCUGAGAGUCAGCAGCCCGUUUCCGCUGAGGGGCAGGACCGCGAUGACUCGACUGUCCUGAAGUCACUGCCCCAAAGCCAGAAAUUCAAGGAGACCACCGAGGUGCCGGUCAAGGAGGAGCAGAAGAAGGAUCAGUAUGUUCCAGAUGAGUCCGAUUCCACCAAGAGUAGACGUCUGGCAGAGGAAUAUGACUCUACCAAGAACGGCAUGGAACAUGAUGACCCCGAGACUUUCCGUCAGGUGGAUGGCACUCCGCUAACAGCCGAGGACAUCGUCCAGAAGAUCGCGAACAAAAUCUACGAGGAGGACGACAGAGGCGUCUUUGACCGGAUCGUUUCGAAGCUGCUCAAACUAGGCCUGAUAACAGAAAGUCAGGCUGACACUCUGGAGUACCGAGUGGCUGAGGCUCUGCAGGAUCUCAUCACCAAAAAUGCCAAAAACAAUGAGAUUGAAGAGGGCGAUGAAGAGGACGUCAAGGGGGAGAAGGACAACCAGGAAGCCAACCUGCAGGAUAAGUGGGAGCAGCCCAGUCGGCGCUACGAUGGCGAUGAGGACGAAGAAGAUGAUGAGGUCCUGGAUGAGGUGGACAGGGAUGCAGAAGAUGAGGAUGAGACAACAGGCAACACGUGGGACAAAAAGGAUGCUGAGGAUGACAAUGAAGUGGGCCCAGAGGACGGCCUUCAGGAUCUGCAGUACUUCCCCAAUUUCUACCGCCUACUCAGGAGCCUCAAUUCAGAUCAAGAUGCUCAGGAAAGAGAGACACUUAUCACCAUCAUGAAGACGUUGAUUGAUUUUGUGAAGAUGAUGGUGAAGUACGGCACUAUCACACCGGAGGAGGGUGUCUCCUAUCUGGAGAAUCUGGACGCCAUGAUUGCCAUGCAGACUAAGAACAAGCUCGGAAAGUCUCUCGGACCUCAGGAUUUUGCAGUGGGGAAGAAUUUGGACGAGGACGACAACACAAAGGCAAAGGCUGCCAAGAUGCAGAAGGAGUAUGAGAACCUGAAGGACUCCACCAAGGAGGAGCAGCCGUCUACCAAUCAGCCUGGCAAGUCGGAGACCUAUCUGGAAGCCAUCAGGAAGAACAUUGAAUGGCUGAAGAAACACAACAAGGAAGAAGGCAAAGAUGACUAUGACCUGUCCAAACUGAAGGACUUCAUGGACCAGCAGGUGGACUCUUACAUUGAGAAAGGCAUCAUCGCCAGGGACGAGGGCGACACCAUCAAGAGAAUCUACAGCAGCCUGUGACGUCAUCCUCCAUCCUCUAGGACUGAAUCUCAUACUAAAAGACAACCUUGAUUUCUCUCUCUCACUUGUUCACCAUGGCAUGGUCACGUGUAUUCACAACACGUGUUUACACUCCCAUACAGGCUACAAUCAUAUCGAGGGGAUAGGAUUUAAUAAAACUAUUAACAAGGCAGUAAAAUGAUUUCAGUUUGCACGGCAAGAUUUGCAAAUAAUCCCUGUCAUUUCCAUGAUAUUUUUAAAUGACAUAUAUAUAUAUAUACAGUAUAUAUCAAAUUGUACCAUCAUUUGUAACCAGACUUAGCUCAAUUUCCUGUUUAUGGUGAAUGUGUAAGAUCUUAUCGUAUUCCUGCUUUUCAUUUUACCAAAAAUAUAUGUGUAUUGAUACAUUGUAGUGAAUUCUACUCGACUGUAAUAACUCGGAGGGCCGCAAGGGGGCAGUCUGUCAAUCAUUCCUCACCACGUCUGUAAAUUGAGCAUUUUCCAUUUCGGUAGAAACAAGAUGAGGUAUUUUUAAAUGUAAAUAUGUGAUUGUUUUCCUAAAGUGUGAAAGCAAUUAAAACAUUGCCUUUUA